UAUCACAGCACACACUCCUGCACAUCAUCACACACACCGUGUAAUCGUGCAUGCACACACAGCUUCACCCUCACCUCUGAGAGCCACCAAAAACCUCAAGAUGGGAAAAAUCAACGGAUGCCUCAAAUGUCUCUUUAUCUUCUUCAACGUGCUGUUUGCAAUCAUCGGAUGCCUGAUGGUAUUCGGGGCGGUGAAGGCCAGCGCCUACAGCCACCAGAUGUCAUCGGUUGGGGCCCCGAGCCUGGGUUGGAGUUGGGUGUUUGCCAUCGGCAUCCUCGGCAUCUCCUGCCUGGGAAUCUACGCAGGAUGCUCCGAGAAAGACUUGGCCCUCAAAAUAUUUGCAGGCUUCAUGGGCCUUGGAAUGAUCAUCAUGCUGAUCUUCGGCAUCAUCAUCGCUGUCACAAGAAACAAGAUCAAAGCGAGCUUUGACACUGCCUCCGCUGAGUUGUCUAAGCCUUUUAUGGAAGACCCUGAAAUGAGACUGAUGCUUGAAGGACUACAGCAAUCUGCUUACUGCUGUGGAGUGGUGAGCUCCUCUGACUGGGGUGAUAACAUCCCCGACUCCUGCGAGUGCAAGUCUCAGUAUGGAGUAUAUCCAGGAUUUGGAGUAUCUGGAUGUAAACCCUUACCCCAGGGAGCCAGAGGGCCACAGCAGAUCUAUAGACAGACCUGCGGUGAUUUCAUCUUUAUGUGGUUGGACCUCAUCUUCCGGGUCGCCAUGGGCAUCUUCUUUGGAUUUGCUGUCACCGCAUUGCUGGGCCUGCUGGUCUCCCUCCUGAUGAUCUAUCAGAUCAAACGUCACGACGGCUCCGGAGGAUCUUCCAUCGGCAUGAAGAGCUACUAAAAGGAAGCCUCCACCCCUGACCCCUCCCCUUUAACCUCUGCACUGUAACAGGAGAACUCAUAGACUGUAUCAAAGAAGUGCACAAAGCCAUCAGUUCUAAAAAAGUGAAGCCAAUGUGGAAGUCCCUUAAACUAGCAUUCUUACUAAUGGCCAGCAGGGGGUGACUCCAGUCAUAUUAUAUAGAAGUCAAUAAGAAAAUGAUCCUACCGCUCACUCACUAAACAUUUUUGCAUUGGGUGUAUGAUCUCAAUUGCCAGAUUCAAGUCUAUGAUCUACAUUUUACAAGUUGCUACCACGGCGACCUGUCACUCCAACACAUUCUUACCCCCAAACUGUCCCAUAUUGCCGCUUGGUCAUUUUUUCAGGUAUUAUAAACACUUUUUUGGACAUUUCAUGAAUAUUUUUUCAGCCAUUUUAUCUUUAUUUGGAAUUUUUUUUUUAUUAUUUUUUCAAAAUUUAAUUGACUUUUUCAGACGUUUUAAUAUUUUUUAGAUGUUUUAUUGAUAUUUUGUGACAAAUUUUUUCGUAAAUUUUAAUAAUAUUUUUCUACAUGUUACAUACCAGUUCCUGUUUUCACAGUUUCUGCUUGUUAGAUGAUACAGUCUCUUUGAAAACAAACUAACAAAAAAAACCUUGAUAAAAUACUGUGCAUUUACGUAUAUUUUAUUGUGCAACAAACGCCAGUGGUCAGGUUUAGAAAAAGAUCAUAGUUUGGCUUAAUAUGAGAAGCGAACACCAGGCUCCUGGGUAUGGUGUUUUAACCUGAUGCCAUCCUAUGGCUUUAAUAACUGAUGCCGUUAUGUACUGCUGCGACAGGAUGUCUGUUUUGUUGGAGUUUGAUGCAGACGUCAAUGACCAAGAGGCGGCAUUUAAAGACUUCAUAAUGAGAGCAGGUUGGUCAAACAGAAUAGGAGGCGUAUAAUGGUGCGUUCCAGGCAGGCUUUUGAACUCGUAAGUCACGACUUCAAGUCACGAGUUACGACUUUGUAGCGUUCCAGGAAAGUUAUGGCAAACUGCCAGUUACUUCCUGUUUAACAUUGAACAUGGCGAACCGUAUGUUUGUGCUUCCCCAAUAUUUCUAUCGCCAAAGGUGCCGGUUCUUUGCUCAUUUGAGCGAAACGGAGGAGGAAAAACAGCGCACAAGGUCACAGAUGCUAUUAUACUUUUUAUUUUACGUUAUCUGUGUGUUUGGAAAUGUAUUUUGUAUUGAUUUAUUCUUGCACUAGAAACCAGCUGUUAGAGCGGCUGCCAAUAAUGCGUUAACA